GGUUCCAAGCCUCCGAGGCGGCAGCACUUCAGCGGCGCGCGCCGGGGCAGGCGCAGGCGCAGCAAACCUGAAAAAAAACGACCACCACCCACGCAGCGCAGCACAAGCCAGAGCGAAAAACAGCCGCGCAGCAUGGCAACCACAGCCUCGCCGUUUCUGUCCCCGGCCAAGCUGUCGCUCCAGAGGAGCCGGCUCCCGCGCGCGAGGACGGCGCGACGGAGUGUCAGGUUCCACCCGGUGCGAGCCCAGCAGCAGCAGGAAGUGAAGGAGGAGGCGGAGGCGGAGAACCUGCCGCCGCCGCAGGAGGAAGAUGAGAAGCGGGGGCGGAAGACGAGGAAGGGACCGGCGCAGUCGCUGCCGCUGCAGCCACUGGCGGAGAGCAAGAACAUGAGCAGGGAGUACGGCGGGCAGUGGCUGAGCAGCGCGACGCGGCACAUCCGCAUCUACGCCGCGUACAUCAACCCGGAGACCAACGCCUUCGACCAGACGCAGAUGGACAAGCUCACCCUCCUCCUCGACCCCACCGACGAGUUCGUCUGGACCGACGAGACGUGCCAGAAGGUCUACGACGAGUUCCAGGACCUCGUCGAUCACUACGAGGGUGCGGAACUGUCUGAGUACACGCUUCGUUUGAUUGGAUCUGAUCUCGAGCACUACAUCCGCAAGCUGCUCUACGAUGGGGAGAUCAAGUACAACAUGAAUUCUAGAGUUCUCAACUUCAGCAUGGGCAAACCCAGGAUCAUAUUCAACAGCAACCAGAUCCCAGAUGUAAAAUAGAAUGCAUAUGUACCUUUAAAAAACAUGUAGCUACAGUCAUUUUCCCUUUGCAAAGAUGUCCGGUUUAUAUUUUGUUC